AUGGAAAAAUUAACAUAUUUAAAUGAAUAUACAAGAAUUUUUGAAUUUGUUAAAAAUGGUGCAUUAUUUGAAGAUCAACAUACAGAAAAAAUUGAUAAUUCAUGUUCCUAUAAAGAAAAGAAUUUUUCACAUGUAAAAAGGAAAAGUAAAUAUAUUUCAAUGUCUAAACUUAAGGAAAAAAAUAGUUCUAAAAAAUUAAAUUUUUAUAAAGAUAACGAAAAUAAAUAUCAAGUAAGUAAGAUAAAAAAUAUAGAUAAAUAUCUUCUUUUAAGUGCUACAACAACCCCAAACUUAACACCAAAAAAUAAAAAUAAAUUAGAUAAUUUAAAAAAUGAAAUGAAAUUCUAUAAAUUGACUACUAGCAACGAUAGGAUGAAGUGUCAUAACAAAGUAUGUGUAUGUAAGAGAUGCUAUAUAAAAGGAAUCCAAGAAGAAAUAGAGAAAAGAGAAGAAAAAAAGAAAAGAACUACAGUUUACACACUUGAAUUCAAUAAUUUUAUAAAUAAAGAAAAUAUAUAUGAAGAUAUUUCAAAAAGACAAAAGAUUACCAAACCUAAUUCUGUUAAUGAGAGAAAAUAUAGUGAUGAAUACAAUAGGGAAUGUAAUGAAGUAAUUGUAGAAAAAUUGACAGACCAAAUUCCACUUAAAAAAAAUAUAUUCCACUUUUUAAAUUAUAUUUUUAAAAUAAAUUAA